UUAGAAUCAAAGAAGUUUGCAUGAUAUCGUAGCUGGCUGCUAACAGCCGAUCCAAUAUCAUCUCCAUUACGACAGCAGUCAUGCAAAAGCCUUGUGUACAUUUACUUAUGAACUCUUAAAAUAAUAAACCACGGCGUGUAACUAAUAUUAAACCGUGUUUUUAACCGUUGGCCCUGAAAGUGACUUUGGUUGAGUGGAUUAUGACAUAAGAGACUGUUUACUGAGCGGUGUUUAGUCUUUAAUUUGGUUGCUGCGUCAUUAUUUGUCAUUUUCACUUGGAUUCAGCAUCGUUUGUUUAAACGCAGAUUUGUGUUCUCCAUACAAUAAUGAAGGCUGGAGUUUUGGAUCCUCAGAAGUUGUUUGAUUCAUAGCCUUCCACAGCAAGACAAAAUGGAGGAUCAUUUAAAAAGAGCUCCAUAUAAAAACAAGACAUGCCAGUCAUCACCCGAGGACUGGUUCAAGAGAAGGCAGAGGUCAGUUGACAAUCAGGAUGACGUGGGACCAAGGACGCACGUCAUCAACAGCAGCUCUCACACCAACAAGAGCACUGAUCUCAAAACCCACCGUAGUCUAAACGAUGGUUUAAACAAGCAAACUGGAAAGAUAUUGAAGGACAACAGAGCUGAGCCUUCCUCUCAGGACAAAAGAAUCAGCAGGAGAUCAACAGACAGAGGUCACAGAGGGACCAAACCUUCCCCAAACCCCGCAGAGAGAGCCAAAUCGGCCAUUACAUGUAGUAGCGCAUUUGAAAUGAAACUUGCUGAUUUCCCUGAAUUAGGUGAUAUCGCACCCAGCAACCCUACAGUAGCUUCCCUGCACCAGGAACCAUGGGUAUGCGCUGGUGCAGUCAUGCCAGCAGAGCGUCAGAGUUCACCAGCGCCCAUCUGUAAGUAUGUACCAAAACGAAGAACCAAGUCGGCACAGCAAGUCCAGUCCAGUGGAAAGUGUGACAUGGCAUCAGUUGUCACAGCAGAUCAAGACAGUGCAGUAUCCAAUCCCACUGGAUCUUCUGCUCAGUCCUGGGCAAACAUUGCUUCUCAGCUUCCCAGAGUCAUCCAGAAAAGCCUCAAAGCCAACACGUUGUCUGAGGAGGAUUUAACUACACAGCCAGUAGAACAGAAAACAGAAAAGAAGAAGAGGAAGAAAAAGAAGAAACCCAAAACAGCAUCUGAAAACGCAGAUGAGACCUUAGAGGAACAUCUGAUACAGCAGGAUCCUCCAAAGUUUGAGGAUGAAGAGGAGUUUCCAGACCUGUCACUUGCAUUUGAACUGAAAGGACAUUCAGUAGCACAAAAAGAGGGAUUGUCCUUACACAAAGGCACCACACCCACUUCUAGUGACCCUAAGAAAACACAGCAGAAUAGUCAGAAGAAGUCAAAAGUUCCUGUAAAGCUUGACCUUGGAAACAUGCUGGCCGUUCUUGAGGAGAAGCAACAGUCUCAAAAAUCCAAACAAGACCAGCGACCACUAACACUUUCAGUUGGAGGAGCUCUACCUGUAGUCCACAAAGAGCCUUCAGUUCAGAAAAAGCCAUGGCUGCAAGAGAAGACACCGCACAACCCGCUGGACUCCACCUGUCCAUUAGUGAAGAAGGGAAAACAGCGAGAAGUUCCCAAGGCGAAAAAACCAACACCACUCAAAAGAGUUAUUCUUCGGGAGAGAGAGGAAAGGAAACAGAACCGCCUGCUGGAGGAGAGAGACCCGGCCCGAGUGGCCACCGAGGCUGAAGAAAAGGAAACUAGUAAUAGUGAGAAUCCUUCUGAAACAAGCCAUGCUGACCAUGACCAACAUCUUUACACAAACAUAGAUGACAACCCUGAAUUCGUUGGAACUGAGGAGUCCGAGUGUGACCAGCCUGGUUCACCAUCUCAUCACAAGCUGGAUGACAGCAUGUCGGAAAAUGCAACACUAAAAUCCUGGAAUCCUAACUCCAAUCCCAAUCUUCCUAAAAUCCACAGCAGGAAGUUCAGAGACUACUGCAACCAAGUGCUUAGAAAAGAUGUCGAUGAAUGUGUGAGCAGCUUACUGAAGGAGCUGGUGAGGUUUCAGGAUCGUCUUUAUCAGAAAGACCCCAUGAAAGCCAGGAUGAAGCGCAGGCUGGUCAUGGGCCUACGAGAGGUGCUGAAACACCUCAAACUCAGGAAGGUCAAGUGCGUUAUCAUCUCGCCCAACUGUGAACGUAUUCAGUCCAAAGGCGGUCUAGACGAGGCUCUUCACACUAUCAUCGACACAUGCCGGGAUCAAGGUGUCCCGUUUGUGUUUGCCUUAUCAAGGAAGGCGCUGGGCCGCUGUGUUAAUAAAGCUGUGCCUGUUAGCUUGGUGGGCGUCUUUAACUAUGAUGGCGCACAGGACCACUAUCACAAAAUGAUUGAGUUGUCGGCUGAGGCCAGGAAGGCCUAUGAGGUGAUGAUUGCAAAUCUGGAGACUGUAUCACAUGAAGAACAGGACGAGCAGGAGGAGCAACAGGAGGUGGAGCCGUCAGGAGAACCUUCUGGAACUGAAGAGCCAGAGUACAUGAAAAUCUGGAAGAAAAUGCUCGAGAAAAAUUUCAACCACCCUUUCCUAAAUUUUGAGGACCAGUUUUCAUCCAUUUCCAUUAGUUCAGAGCAGAUGCUGGAUGACCAUGAAGGAAGUUGAUGGAAGUACAUCGACGAAUGAGACAAAAUGUCUGUUUUUGUUUGUUUUGCAGAGAUGAGGUCACGCUUCUGUGACACAGAACCCCGCGUGAGCCUUUAGCACCCUGUGAAAAAUGUCAGGAAUAGUUUGAAGUACCAAAUGUGCCUGUCUAGAGGAUUUUAUGAAAUAAUGUAAACAUAUGUUCCUGUAACCUGGAAUGGUGUAUUAUAUCAAGGGGCAAUACAGCUGACAGAGAACAGCCCUUGACAAAAAAAUAUUUUCUUAUAGAUAUCACAUACUUACGUUGAUGUUUCCACAGUCUGAAUGGUGAAUAUUUUUGCAAAUUGCUAUUAUCCCUCUAUUUCUAUUCAGAUAAGUGUAAUAGUUUGAUAAAAUGACAGAAACAAUCUGAACCACUUAAUUUAUGUACAUGUUUACAUUUGGAAAUCAAAUGUAUUUUCUUCUCCAGUUGAAUUGACAAUUUUACUGAUCAUGAACCACUGUGUUUGUAGCCCACGUGUCGUCAUUAUCGGCAGGAUGCCGUUAAUUUUUGAAGGCUCAUAAAGCGAAUGAUUGUUAUGACCAUGAACUGUUUGUGGGAAUACCUCUCCUUCCUAGAACUUAUUAAACAUCACUUACCUAAAUCAUAGACCUCACUUUUAAUUUAUAACUCUCCUCUGGCUGUUCCUCAACACUAGCUAAACCAUUAAUACUGAAUGCUCGAGGUGGUUCUCCUUAAAAUUCUCAGUGUUAGUAUAGGUAUAUGCCUUUAUGCUGUUGACUGCAGUUAAUAGGGAAUGUGUGUUAUGCACUUGUGUAGUACUCAGUUGUCCAUGGCAUAUACAUGUAGCAUAGAGCUAACAAUUCAAAACUUCACUUGACGGUAACAAAUCAUUUUCACAUAUAAACCUUUUUACCUGCUUCUAUGUAUUUUCAGAAUGUUGACUUUGGGACCAAAAACAACUUUGUGAUUGUGAAGGUUUUAGAGUUUUCUCUAGUAUUUGCAAUAAAUCCAUUGCAAUAA